UUAACAACAAUCACCAGUAAAAAGUAAAAUUAAAAAUUAUUCUUAAAUUAUUAAUAUUUGUUAUUUUGUUACCUUUAAUCUAAGACCGAGCUUACGUUUCUUACAGUUAUUUAAGAAAGUAAUUUUGAAAAAGUUGUAUUUAUGGUAACUAAAAUGCCAGAAGGAGAAUCAGAGCCCGUUUCACUAGUGACGAUCAAAGAGCCAGUUGAUUUAAUUCGUCUUAGUGUUGAUGAACGAAUUUAUGUUAAGAUGCGCCAUGACCGAGAACUACGGGGUCGACUUCAUGCUUUUGAUCAGCAUUUAAACAUGGUGUUAGGAGAAGCCGAAGAGACUAUUACUACAAUUGAAGUUGAUGAAGAAACAUUUGAAGAAGUAUAUAAAACUACUAAACGUACUAUACCUAUGUUAUUUGUUAGAGGAGAUGGUGUAAUACUUGUGUCUCCUCCUUCUACUACAUCAUAAUAAAUUUUUAUUUUUAUUUGAUAAAAAUGCUAAAAUACUUCAAAAGUUAACUUGUAUAUUUAACUCAUUUGUCAAAUUGUAUUUAAUACAAAUAAUUAAUAUUAAAUAGAAUAAGUUCUAAUAAUUUUAAAGAUAUGUAAUUAUAAG